GAAUAUGACGACGGUGGUCGUGGAGGUAAGAGAAUACGACCCGAGUAAAGACUUAGCCACCGUCGAAGAAGUUGAACGGCGUUGCGAAGUUGGCCCAACCGGAAAGCUUUCUCUCUUCACUGAUCUCUUAGGUGACCCUAUUUGCCGUAUCCGACAUUCACCUUCUUACCUUAUGCUGGUGGCUGAGAUUGGUACGGAUGAGAAGAAAGAGUUAGUUGGAAUGAUACGAGGAUGUAUUAAAACCGUUACUUGUGGUAGCACAACCAAAAGACUUGAUUUAACUCAAAACGUUCAAAACGACGUCGUUACUACCAAACCUCUUUACACUAAACUCGCUUACAUUUUGGGCCUUCGCGUUUCUCCUACGCACCGGAGGCAAAGGAUAGGGUUUAAGCUCGUGAAGGCUAUGGAAGAUUGGUUUAGUCAAAACGGCGCUGAGUAUUCAUAUUUCGCAACUGAAAACGACAACCACGCUUCGGUUAACCUAUUCACGGGAAAAUGUGGUUACUCCGAGUUUCGUAAACCAUCGAUUUUGGUUAACCCGGUUUACGCGCACCGGGUUAACAUUUCUCGUCGGGUGACUAUAAUCAAGCUUGACCCAACUGACGCUGAGUUACUGUACCGGAUCCGGUUUAGCACGACUGAGUUUUUUCCCCGAGAUAUUGAUUCGGUUUUGAAUAACAAACUCUCGUUAGGAACAUUCGUCGCUGUUCCACGUGGCAGUUGUUACGGAUCCGGGUUCGGUUCUUGGCCCGGUUCAGCUAAAUUCUUGGAGUAUCCACCCGAUUCAUGGGCGGUUUUAAGUGUGUGGAAUUGUAACGAUUCAUUUCGUUUAGAAGUUCGCGGCGCGUCGAGAUUGAGGCGGGUGUUAGCUAAAACGACGCGUUUGGUUGAUAAAACGCUGCCGUUUUUGAAAAUCCCGUCAAUUCCGGCGGUGUUCCGACCGUUCGGGCUACAUUUUAUGUACGGAAUCGGCGGAGAAGGACCAUGCGCAGAGAAAAUGGUGAAAGCAUUGUGUAAUCACGCGCAUAAUAUGGCCAAGGAAGGAGGAUGUAGUGUUGUAGCGGCGGAAGUCGCCGGAGGUGAGCCGCUCCGGCGAGGGAUACCACAUUGGAAAGUGCUAUCGUGCGCCGAGGAUUUGUGGUGUAUGAAACGGCUUGGAGAAGACUACAGUGACGGGUCUGUUGGUGAUUGGACUAAGUCUUCACCUGGUGAAUCUAUUUUUGUUGACCCAAGAGAAUUUUAAUUUUUAUUAACUUUAAAAAAUGACGUAAUUAAUUUAUAUUAAGGAAAGGAAUAUUAUUAAUUAGCUUUCUUUUGUUAGAUUAAGAUGUCUUUUUAAACUUUUGGGAAGCGGAGAAGAUGUAAUAGAUUUUUAUUUUUGAAUUUAGUAUUCUUUUAUUAAGAGAAUUUUGAAUGUAAUAUU